UCGGGGCGAGCAGGGGAAGCCGGCGGCGGCGGCGGCGGAACGGGCGGAGGCUACCGGUUUCGUAACCGUCGCUCCUCCUCGCUGGGUCGCGCGGGCUGCGAGGCCUGGGCUCGGGCCGCGCCGCGCGGGGCCGCUCGGAGUGCAGGCCGCCUGGGGGCGGGCGGGCUGGAGGCGCAGGUACGGGCGAAGAUACCUUGGCGGUUUAGCGUGGAGACCUCGAUCGCCGUGCCCUUGUCGCUUCUGUCUGCUCUGUGUUGGCGAGGGAGAGCGCCCAGAUGAGCAAGAUAGUGCAGCCGCACAGUGCCCCGGGAGUGAAUGGAAUAAGUGUCAUCCAUGCGCAGGCGCAGGCCAGCGGCUUGCAGCAGGUUCCUCAGCUGGUGCCCGCCGGCCCUGGCGGAGGCGGCAAAGCCGUGCCCCCCAGCAAGCAGAGCAAAAAGAGCUCCCCGAUGGAUCGGAACAGUGACGAGUACCGGCAGCGCCGAGAAAGGAACAACAUGGCGGUCAAAAAGAGCCGCUUGAAAAGCAAGCAGAAGGCUCAGGAUACCCUGCAGAGAGUGAACCAGCUCAAGGAAGAGAACGAACGGUUGGAGGCCAAGAUUAAGUUGCUGACUAAGGAGUUAAGCGUACUGAAGGACCUGUUUCUGGAGCAUGCACACAACCUCGCAGACAACGUGCAGCCCAGUAGCACUGAAAAUGCAACCACGACUUCUGAGAACACAGGACCGUAGGCCUCACCCCUCCCCGCUCCCCCUCCUAGGUCUUGAACGUUUGGGGGUGUGAAUGCGCCUCCUCCUCCUCCUCGGUGCCCUUGUGCUCUGUGAGGCAAAGGCCCCCCCGGAGGGGCUAGAAUAGCAUCAGCACUGAAGAGUUGGCGAGCUCACACAUCAGCCUUGUCAUUGGAUGCCCACUUUUAAAGGACAGUCAUUUUUGUGGGGUUUAAAAAAAUAUGCUCUAAGGUAUAUGGUAAAAACAAAUUGACUCUGGAUCUCAAUGUUCUUAAUAAAUCUUUAUUUCCCAAGAAAUGUUUCUUUUUUAGGUUGGCAAAAGAACCCGGGGAACUGACAGGUCUUAAAGAAGGUUUUCGGUUUUAAUGGGUCUGGUUAAUUUUAUUAAUGGCAGCGGAAUGCCAUUUAUAUUAAUCUCUGUGAUUUUAUUCUAAAUUAUGUGUUAAUUCUUAGGGCUCUCAAAACCAAUCACUUUGUAAUUUUGGAGAAUUUUGUGCAUAGUAUAAACUGUGUUUUAGCAGAUCUGUCCACGUUGGUGAACCGUGCUGAUUGGAUUAAGAACUUGCUUUGCAUUCUAAAGGCAGCAUGCAGUCAAUUAGCUUAAAGCACAUUUUUAAAAAUUGUUGAGGAAACAAAUUUACUUGUAAACAGAAAAGAAGUGCAUAUUAGAAUUAUGCUUUUGAGCUAUUGGAUUGGCAUUCCCCCCCCCCCAGCACUAAAAUAAUUUGGAAGUUCAGAAAAAUUUGGACACCCAAGUUUUAGUUCCUGUAAUAGUAAAAUAAGCAUUUUGGGAUACUAUUUUGACUGCCAAGUUAGUAGAUAAAAAUCCUAACACAGUUUGAAUACAAGCUACUGAUGAGGUUUCUCCUAUAAGUUUCUCCUAUAUACAAGUACCUGAAAUGGGUUCAUUUUUGUGAAAGGCAAAAUUUUCACAUGGAUUCAUUUUAGUAUUUGAUCUUAACCAAUUAAUGAUUAGAAAAAUGUAUCAAUUCCAUGACAUCUACCAAAAUUACUGUUUAAAAGAACUUGAAAGUGUGAGGUUUUAACCUUUAAUUUAUUUUCCUUAAGACAUCUUUUUAUAUUGUUUUUGUGGCAUUUAUUUUUCUCGUUAGUGGGGUUUUCUUCCAGAUGUUUGUGCUAUUCUAUUUAGUCAUUGUUCACUUAUUUUUCCAAUCAUAAAUUAUUUUAGAAAAAAUACUCAGGAUAUCUUGUUGAUACUUUUGUUGAAAGUAAAAAAAAAAGAAACACGGCAAUCACCAAGUUGGAAUUUUUAGAAGAUGGCUUUUUUUUUUAAAUCAAUUUUGAUUGUCUUUGUUGGCUUUAUUUUUUUUUUUAAGAAACAAUUUAUAGCUCAAAUUUUAGACUUUCGUGUGGUUUCUUUGUUGUGCCUGGGCUGUUCUGGGAAAACCAAGUUGCAUCGAAAACUGUGUGUGAACCAGGUAUCUUCUGAGUGAAGUUGGUCAUGUCUGACCAAAUUGCUGUUUCAGACUAGGACCCGGGACAGGGUAACCAGGGCAUAACUUGGGCUGAACUGAGGGUUUGGUGUAAGCAUGCUGUGUGCUCUACCCAGCGGCAGGAACACCCCAGCAUCUCAGCUCAGAAAGGCCAACAUGCGCCCCUCUGCGAGUGACAGCCCAGCGGGGUGCCCUCCACGAGAUAGUAAUAGGACUCGCUCCGAGGGUGCACACCAGUCCACUCGGGAGUCCUGAUCUACUCAUAAAGGUUGAUGUUUUUAAUAAUGGGGAUAUUCGUCAAAACUCCUACUGAAUCCUUAAUGACUGAUCGAUGUCUGAUCUGACUGGAGUUGCAGUUGUGUCACCCGAAUCUUGAAGCACCUCUAGUUGAUGUUACGGACAUUUCAGUCCUCUAUUUACUUAAAGAAAAAUGUCAAAGUGAUGUUCCCGUGGAAUUUAUGGUUCAAAUUAGGCAGAUUGACUUCUUGACUUUCUUGAAAAAGAAGCGUUAGGGCAAUCAGUGGCAAACAUCGUCUUUUCAGAUCAAGGUUCAAAUCAGAACAUAAGAUUGGAGUUUUCAGGGGAAAAACGUUGAUACGGACUCUCCUGUUACCUGUGCAAAUCAUAGGUCUUAGCACAGGGAGCCAUGCCUCGGACAAAAAAUGACACGUGAGCCACAAUCUUGAUCUCACUGAAAUGUUUGGGGAAUGGAAGGUUUUAGUUUAAUACAUUCAUCACUGUGAACUGGAGGGAGACCAGAUGUAGGGGGCGGGUAAGUGCGGCGCUUUGGGAAUCGUGGGCUUUUGUAAGUUUUGUUCUGUAUGUUGCGUAGGAAUCUUGGGAGUGGCUGUCGUCCCAGGUCCCAAAGUUAGGAUUAGGCUUUUAGGGGGCGCUGCCAUGUCGCUGUGCCUGCAUGUAACCCUGGGAGCAGUUAGCUGAUGCCCUGACUGACUGCCUGAGCUCUGAGACUCAGGUGAUUUGACUUAAGCUUUCCUUAGAUGUCACUGGGUUUUUUGAAAUUUAUGUCAUAAAUGUGAAACUUUCAAAUUUACACGAAAAGGUAGAAGUGUGUGCAAUUUGAUCUUUGAUCAAAAGGUGAUGGAGCAGCUAUCCAAGUUAACGGUCCCACAGCCAACCCACUUAGCACCUUUGGUUGCCUUCAAUUAAGAGCUUUUUGAUGCCUUUGAAAUAGGAAAGGUGGUUUUUUUGUUCGUUUGACAAAAGCGAGGAAGGAGAAAGUCCGUUCUACAGCUAUUCUACAGCUAUUCGGUCUGCCUCAGGAAACACAUUCAUUUGUUCUUUUUGUUCCUGGCUUUCUUCAGUUUGUGAGAUUACUCUAUUUUUUUAAAUAUAAUUUUAUUUCUUUUAAUGAAUUUGAAAUAAAAACAAAAACACUUUGGAAUAA